ACGAUCCAGUUACUGUAGCUGCCUGCUGCAAUGAAAAUAUCUCCGUUUGUGGGUGGAUUUAUGGGCCGAGGUCCAUCAUCUUUUUACCAAGCACUGACUGAGUGAGUACUUUAUUUUAUCAGUACACAUUAAACCUCUUUCUAUGGUGAGAAUUUCUUCUGUUGGAGCUAACGAGGGGGAGCAGCGUUUCAAGCGUCAGGUGAACGUGAGCCACUAAAGAAGGCAUGCAGCGGAUAUUAUGGCUAACAGCCGACACACUCCCCUCGGGAGCCAACAGCUGGCUGCCUCAUACCAUCCUGUAGCUGGGCCCCCUCCGCCUGAGCUCCAUGCACCUCACGCAUCACCCCUUUUGACUUCAUGAAGAUCCCUGACAUCGGUGAUGUGAUGAAUAAAUUUGAAGUCCUUGGGAUUGUGGGUGAAGGUGCCUAUGGUGUUGUUUUGAAGUGCCGACACAAGGAUACAAAUGAAAUUGUGGCAAUUAAGAAAUUCAAGGACAGUGAAGAAAAUGAGGAGGUCAAAGAAACGACGCUACGGGAGCUUAAGAUGCUCCGGACCCUCAAACAGGAGAACAUAGUCGAGUUAAAGGAAGCCUUCCGCAGAAGAGGAAAGCUUUAUCUGGUGUUUGAAUAUGUGGAGAAGAAUAUGCUGGAGCUGCUGGAGGAGUUACCAAACGGCGUGCCGACUGACAAAGCUCGCAGCUACAUCUACCAGUUAAUCAGAGCCAUUCAUUGGUGCCAUAAGCAUGACAUAGUUCACAGGGAUAUAAAGCCAGAAAACCUUCUCAUCAGCUCCGAUGACGUCCUCAAGUUAUGUGACUUUGGCUUUGCACGAAAUCUCUCUGAGGGGACCGAUGCCAAUUACACCGAGUAUGUGGCCACUAGAUGGUAUCGCUCUCCGGAGCUCCUGCUCGGGGCUCCAUACGGGAAGGCGGUGGACAUGUGGUCGGUUGGCUGCAUCUUAGGAGAGCUGAGUGACGGGCAGCCUCUGUUUCCAGGAGAGAGUGAAAUCGACCAGCUCUUUACCAUCCAGAAAGUGUUGGGACCCCUCCCACCAGAGCAGAUGAAGCUCUUCUACAACAACCCACGAUUCCACGGGCUGAGGUUCCCUGCUGUGAACCACCCCCAAACUCUGGAGCGAAGAUACCUGGGAAUCAUUGGCGGAGGCCUGCUGGACCUGCUAAAGAACCUGCUUCUGCUGAACCCGACAGAGCGCUUUCUCACCGAGCAGAGCCUGAACCACCACGCCUUCCAGACCCUGCGGCUGGUGGAUCGACCAGGCCCAACUACACCUACACCUGUCCGCUCCUCCAAGAGAAAGCCUCACCAUGGAGACAACACCACCCCCAGCAGGAGCCAUGGAGGUAAGAGCUCCGGAAGCCACCGCUCCAGCAGUAGAGAGUGCUCCAGUUUGCCCCGGCAUGACGACGUCCUCCCCAGCAAUGACGGCUUCCUCAACGGAAACAUGCCUGCAGCAAUCAACCUCAGUCCCACGCUGCAUCCCAAGAACUACCAGCCGCAGAUCUACAACCACUCCACCUCCUGCAGCAUGGACCUGGCCAGCAGCAACCUGCCUCAUCUGCUCAGCCCAGGGGAAGCCAAGAGCAAGGGGGACUUUGAAAUGAACCUGGGGUCCAAGGUUUCCGAUGGACCAGGAGCCAAGUACCUAAAAUCAAACUUCCGCUCACAGCAGAACCGCCACUCUUUUGUAGAGGGGAAGACCAACACGCUUCAGUCAGGGGAAAAACACAGUCGACACAACUACAUGGAGGCUCACAGCUCAAACCCCUCCAAGUUUAGCUACCUGAACUUAUCUAAAAGCUACGGCACGCUUAGUGAUGCCAAGUCAGUGGGGAACUUAAACGAUGUGCAUCUUUACGCUGACGAGCCGACAGCUCGCUAUUUUCCCUCCAGCUGCCUGGACCUCACAGCUCCGGGCAGCCCAGCAGCCCGCCGGAUGGACCGACUGGGACCUGGUGGGAUUAGCAGAGGAAGCAUGCGCUCAGAAAGAGAGAGCAACACCCUGGACUCAUCCUACAGGCGCUCGUCCGCCCGCCACAAGUCCUCAGAGGAGGCUAAGUCACCGGAUACUCUGGAGCCAGGGGAGGGUGGCAUCGAAAGGAGCCACUCUCACUCCCUGUCCGCCCCACAUGACCCUCUGACUUACGGCCAGGGGUACACAAGCCCCUUCUCCUCUCAGCAGCGGCCGCACCGCCACUCCAUGUACGUACGUAGGGACCACCAGAGAACACACGGGGCAGAAGAGGGGCUGGUGGUGGGGCAGGGCGGGCCCACCAGAGCCAGCAGCCUACAGCUCCUGUCUCCUCAGCUGCAGCACCGCACGCUGCCUCGCCACUCUGGGGGCUCCUCCAGAGAAGAAGACAUGAGUAGGAGUGACCAGACACCCACUGAGGUCACCCACAGCAGACCCCCAAUAAGGGACUCGACAAGGGACAACACCGCAUCUUUUCACACACAGCGGAAAAAAAGCGAGGUGGGCUUAUAUCAUGACCAGCAAACAGAAGACGGGGGCUCGUCUAAAGAGAACCGCAACAUCUACAGUGAAUCCAUGCCUCGGAGGGUGGGCAGCUUCUACAGAGUCCCUUCUCCCCGGCCAGACAACUCCUUUCACGACAGCAGAGGUCAGAGCCGGGGCUCCAGCGACGGCUCGGGUUUAUCCAACCACUCCAAACGCCAGCCGACCUUUGACCCCUGGACUGGCCCAGACACCGUAGUGUUGAACUCCUCAGAGCCCUCCAAAGAAAAGGAGAAGCAGGGUUUCUUCAGAGCAAUAAAGAAGAAAAAGAAAAAAUCUCAAAUGAUUCAAGCCCCUGACGGACGGCCGCCUGUCAUCAAGAAAUGUCUUUUCCCUCUAUUUAGCCCAAAGAAUAACAUAAAGCAUAGUUCCUCUGUGAGAGUCCUCCCUGUAGUGUCCUCUCCCAUGGUUCCCAAUGAAGGUGUGGACACGGUGAUCCAGAAGUCCUCCAGGUCGUCGGGUCAUCAGAGCAGCCGCCACAGGUCCCGAGACAAGAGCAGAGACCGGGACCAGGACCGGGACCGAGACAGAGACAAGGACUGGCCUCCGGAGAAACUGUCCGACUCACACUCUCCGAGUCAGCCCCUGAAGUCUCUGCGCAAACUCCUGCACCUUUCGUCCUCGUCCUCCAAUCAGACGGCUCCGUCUGACAUGCGCUACCAGCCGCUGCCAAAUCCAGAGAACCGCGGUCACUCAGGGGUCAGCACGCCCCAGCUGAAGAGCCGCCAGACCGCCUACCCACUGCCCGGACAGCUGGAGUCCAACUGGCACCCGACUGCCCUGGGCCGCCCCGAGGGAAAUCCCUACCCCGAGCAAAUGAGCAUCAAGGGAGGCCAGAACGGGCACGGCUUCGGACGGCCCUCCAGGUCCCGCAUGCCGAACCUGAAUGACCUAAAAGAGACGGCUCUGUGAUCCAAGUCACCUUACUGCUCUCAGAGCAAAUACAGACUCCUUCUUGUCCCCUCUGUCGCUCCUCCUCGUGUAACAGUACACUUGCUGAAAACACACACACACACACACACACACACACACACACACACACACACACACACACACACACACACACACACACACACACACACACACACAUAAACAUACUAAA